GCCUGCCGGCGACCUAGUAGCAGAUGUUGCCGCCACAUAGUGUUGGUUCGGCGAUGAGCGUCAAAAUGGGGAAGAGCCUGUCCAUACCCCCUGCCUGGAACCAAGUUUUGCCAAAAAUUUGCGAACGCCAUUUCAUCGGAGGACCAGACUUGGAUCGAGAUUGGCGAGUGCGCUGGCCUAUCGUCGAAAAUGCUUCGCCAUAUUGUUGCAGUUGACAUUUGUUUAAGAAUCCCCAAUGUAAUCCAUGACUUACACACCACCCAGAACUCUUGCAGCUUUCUUCGUAUAUCUUGUUAUUCGAUACCUAAAUCAGACGGACGUACCCAAGAUUCGAGGCCUUCCAGAAAUCCCUGGUAUUCCACUAUUUGGGAACCUGAUUCAAUUGGGCACUUGUCACCACGUUGCAGCCCAGAAACUUGCUGACAAGUAUGGACCCGUCUUCCAAGCACGAUUAGGCAGCAAGCGGGUGGUAUAUGUAAACAGCUUCGAGGCUGUUAAAUCAAUCUGGAUUACACAGCAAUCGGCCUUGAUAUCCUGUCUAACUUUGCACAUUUUCUACAAAGUUAUCAACAAUGAUGGCAAGAGCUUUUCUUCCUCCGAAUCGUUUCCAGUCGGCGCAUCACCAUGGGAUGAGUCCUGUACGCAGCGUAAGAAGGCAAUCGCUAGUGCCAUAACUUUCAAUCUCAUUCUAAUACUCGAUACUACUUCUAGUGAACCACGCGUCCAUUCCUACAUGCCUUUCGUGGACCUCGAGGUUAUGGAGAGCCUCAAAGAGCUUCAUGACAGCAGUAUCGGGGACCUUGAUAUAAAGCCUUACAUUCAACCAAUGGCCCUCAACAUGUCUCCCACUACCUGCUACGGAUACAGAAUCAGCAGAGGUGUCAACGAUGCACUGCUCCGAGAGAUCACGGAUGUGGAAAAGAAGCUUACGAUGUUUCGGGGGACGUCGAGCAAUUGGCAGGACUUCAUUCCGCUUCUCCAUCUGGGGUCAAAGAAGAAUAUUGAAGCCAACGCAUGCAAGCUGCGGAGACAAAAGUAUAUUGGCUUCUUACACGAUAUACUGAAGGAGAAGGUGGCAGUCGAUACUGACAAGCCUUGUGUUGCCGGUAGCUCUAUUGGCAUGCCUAUGGUCUCCGGCGGCCUCGAUACCCUCCCCGGAAAUAUAAUCAUGGCAAUCGGCUACCUCUCCUCCGACCACGGCGCAGAGAUCCAAAAGCGCGCCUAUGAGGAAAUCAUCAAGGUUUACGCCGACGGCGACGCCUGGAAGAAGUGUCUCGAGGGCGAGAAAGUCGCCUACAUUACAGCGCUGACCAAAGAAACCCUCCGUUUCUGGUCCACCAUCCCCAUCAGCCUCCCGCGCGUCAACAUCGCUCUUAUCCAAUAUCAAGGCGCCAUGAUACCCCCCGGCACCGCUUUCCUACACCCGCCGCACUACGCGUACGGCGCCGGCUCUCGCAUGUGCGCGGGCGUGCAGCUCGCGAACCGCGAGCUCUACGUCUUUUUGGUGAGGAUUAUCGUGGCGUUUGAGGUAGUCCCUGCGCAAAAUGCCAGGGAUCGCCCGGUGCUCGAUGCUCUCAAGUGUAAUGCGGAUCCGAGCUCGUUGACGAUGAUGCCGAAGCCGUUUAAGGUCGGAAGUUGGAUCAUAGAGAGCGAGAUGAGGACGAAUCAUUUGGUGUGA